AUGGGCUCCCUCGGCUGUGAACCCAAGCUGCCCUGGAACAAGACUCCUUGCGUCUUGAGUCCUCAGCUUACUCGCAUUGCAGGUUGCAACAUCUACCUGAAGCUCGACAACCUUCAACCCAGUGGAUCUUUCAAGUCCCGUGGGAUUGGAAACCUCAUGACCCGCGCCGUUGCCGAGAGCCCUGGCCAUGUUCAUUUCUACUGCUCUUCUGGCGGCAACGCGGGUCUUGCUUGCGCCACGUCGGCCGUUGCUCUUCAGCGACCUGCCACGAUUGUCAUUCCCAUGACCACGUCGGAGAUGAUGAAGAACAAGCUGCUGGACCUCGGAGUCGAAGUUCACCAGACCGGCAAGAACCUGGCUGCUGCCGACGAGUACCUCCGCACAGAGCUGCUGGCCAAGGAUCCCCACGGGGUCUAUGUGCCCCCGUUUGACCACCCCCACGUCUGGGACGGCGCGUCGACGAUUAUCCCCGAGCUACGAGAUCAGAUGGAUGAGCCCAUUGACGCCAUCGUGUGCAGCGUCGGAGGCGGCGGCCUGUUCAACGGCCUCAUGCAGGGAAUCGAGAGCUUCCCCUGGUCUGGCUCCAAGCCCGAGGUGGUUGGCGUCGAGACGCUGGGCGCCGACAGCAUGAACGCCUCUCUGAGGGCCAAUGCCCACAUUACUCUGCCGGAAAUCACGUCCAUUGCGACGUCGCUCGGUUGCUCCCGCGUGUCUGCCGAGACGUGGAAAUGGUGCCAGUAUCCCAACACCCACAGUCUGGUUGUGACGGAUGCCGAUGCUGCCAUCAGCUGCGUGCGCUUCGCCGACGACGCUCGCCAUCUGGUCGAGGUGUCUUGCGGCGCCGCCUUGGCCACCGUGUACAGGGGCGACUUGCGCGACCGGCUCGGACGCGGCCUCGGCGACGCCGAGUGGGCUCGCAAGAACAUUGUCCUCAUUGUGUGCGGUGGUUCCGGCGUCACUCUUGGCAUUCUCAACCAAUAUGUUCGGGAGUACGCAUCCAAGACGCCCAUCAAGGUCUAG